UCAGGACUUCCUCCUCCUGCUGCUGCCGCCGCCGCCUCAGAGGGGCUCAUUCCGCGUCUUUUCUCCCAUCAGCAGCGGCCUGGAUGCUCGCCGGGUUCGAACAUGGCUGUGAAUCUCGCAAAGAACAGACUGGCUCUGCUCACCGCCUACCAGGACGUCAUUGACGAAACUUCCGACACUGACUGGGCUUUGUACGCAUACGACGAUGACAGCAACGAUUUAACGCUGGCAUCAUCAGGAGGGGGCGGCCUCGCAGAGAUCACGCUGUCCUUUGACAAUGGCAGGGUGAUGUAUGGCUUCUGUAGUGUGAAAGAGCCCAACGCUGCCUUGCCGCGAUACAUCCUCAUCAACUGGGUGGGCGAGGACGUGCCGGAUGCAAGGAAGUGCGCCUGUGCCAGCCAUGUUGCCACAAUUGCAGACUUUUUCCAGGGUGUGGCGGUAAUCAUCAACGCCAGCAGUCUGGACGACAUCGAUCCAUCAGCCAUCGGACAGCGUCUUACCAACGGCACGGCGGUCGUGGCUAGUCCGGUUUUGAGCCGCCUGAAAACCAGAGACGAGGAACACGGAGAUGUGGGAACGGUGUACGAGAAGACUAAUGCGGAGGUGGAGAUGAAGAAAAUCAAUCGAGAGGAAUUCUGGGAGCAGGCCAAGCGUGAGGAGGAGCUAAGGAAGGAAGACGAGAGGAAGAAGCUGGCCGAGGAGCGGCAGCGUUUCGAGGAGGAGCGAAUGGAGCUGGAGAGGAAGGAGCAGGAGAACCGAGAGAGGAGGUACCGUGAGCGAGAGAGGCAGAUUGAAGAGCACAGGAAGAAGAUGCAGGAGGAAGAAGAAGCCAAAGAGAGACUGCAGAGUCAGAUCACCUUACCAGCAGAGCCGAGCAUCGAUGACCUCAGCCUGGACAAGAAGGAGUCUGAAGUAGAAGUUCAGGAGGCGAAGGCCAUCAUCGCUCGGCGGUCGGGGAACCCCCGGGAGUUUUUCAAACAGAAGGAACGAGCCAUGACCAUCAGCGUCGACACCUCACCUGUCACCAUCCACCGCAGCGGCCGCUUGGACAGCCCCUUCUUGAGGCAGCAGCACAGUCCGUGCAGCCCCAGCUCCACUCCCCCGACCAGGGGUGUGUCGCCGCUCCGCACACCGCCACAUGUAAGGACACAGCAAGCCGAGGACGACCAAACAAGCACAGAGCGCACCGUGGCUGCCGUGUCACCCAUCCCGAAAAUCGUCACCACACCCAUCAAAGAGGACUCGUAUCAGGAGCAGGACUGCACAUUUGACUGGGAGCCAAAGCAGGAGCAGAAGGCUCCAGUUCAAGAGUCGACACCCUCCAAACCGGUGCAGAGCGUUGCCCCUCAGACCCGCGACUCCUCUGGGUUCUCCAUGUGGGACUCCGGCACAGAUAACCUGGUCGACGUGUGGAACAGCAACGCCGCCGCCCCCACUAGCGAGCUCUCCAAAGCCUCCCACUCGUCCAAUCUGGUGGAUCUGAUGGGCGAAGACGACAUCCCGACAAACACCGUUGCCACCAGCAGUCAAGCUCAGCCCCUCCUCAGCUUCGACGACAUGAUAGACGGCGCUCUCUGCUCGACCGCCGAGGACGACCCCACCAGUCUGGUGGACGUGACCACCUCUGAGCAGAUGACCCUCAGCUACCAGCAUGCACUGCAGCACGCCGCCGGUGACAGCAGGCACCUGGAGGAGGGACAGCUGCUGUUGACCAAUGGGGAGACGCUGACGAAAGAAGGAACUCAGGCGAGUGAAGGCUAUUUCAGCCAAUCACAGGAGGAGGAAUUCGGCCAAUCAGAUGAAGGCACGGCAAAACCAGCACCUGUCUUUUAUAAUAAGCCCCCCGAGAUUGACAUCACGUGCUGGGACACAGACCCUGUGGUGGACGAAGACGACGACUAAGCCGGCAAAUCACACACGCCGGACAAAAGUAGGAAGUGCGCUUCUUGAGGAAACUUUUUUUUUCCAAAAAAAAAUUGUGUUAAAAAAAAAUUGUAAAAAAGUAACCUCAAAAAAAAAACAUGACCAAGUGUGUAUCUUUUUUGAGGAAAAUAAUAACAGUAGCCAAACAAGCUGGGGUUGAAAUAUAAGACUUUUUUUUGUGUGUGUUUGAUACUUUAUUUAUUUUUUUUCUCUUUAUAUAUUUUUUUUUUGCUAUGCAGAUGUAUUAGCUGGGAGCGGGGUAAAUUUUAGUUUGCGACGACAUCUUCUUGGUAUUAAAGUAGCGCAGUGCUGCACGGUAGAGACAAUGGGAAGCACAUUGUAGUGCUUUAAAGAAAAAACUGCAGCCUGUAAAGCUGAUGUGACCGCCAUGUUGUCUUCACCUGCCUUUGCUUACCUUUUUUCUUCCUGCCAAGACACCAGUCGCUUAAUCUUCUAUUUCAGGGGGAUUAGGUGCCUUGAUGAUUAUUAUGAUUUGUUUUUGCUGCACUUUUUUGUCUGCCUAUUUAGUGGAUGAACAGCAGCUUAAAAGUCCUGUCUGCUUACACCCAGUUUUGCUUCUUUUUUUUUUUUUGCCCUAAUUUUGGCACCUUCACCGACGCAAAAAAUACACCAUUUUGCAUCUAAUCCUGAUGAUUAUACUGUAGAUAUUUUCCAGGUUUUUAGAAGAGCAGUGUGGACAUUUUGUUUUACUGUCCACUCAUAUACAAACAGGACAUAUGUUACACAGUGGGAGGAAAUAACUGGAAAUGGCAAAUAUGACUUUUAUCUAUAACGAUGCAUUUAAGUGGACAUUUUGUCCACCGGGCAGAUUGUAUUAGUAUUAAGGGCGACACCGAAAAUUAUAAAAUAAUGAUACCAGUAUGAAAAGUUGUAGUAAUAGUGAAGUGUUGUGAGAAAAAAAUUAUAUUUCACAAGAAUAAACUCGAAAUAUGAGGAAAAAGUUGUGAUUUUACAUUAAACAUUUGUAAUAUUUUAGGAAUAGUCUUGUAAAAUGACUAGUUUUUCCUUUUGUCUAAUAUGACACAUUUAUUAUUUUACUACUUUAAUAAUGCAAGCUUAUUCCCAUAAUUAGAAACUGAUAAAUAUUACACAUUAUUGUACAAUUACAGCUUUUUUCAACAAAAUAUAGCAAGCUUAUUCUGAUAUAAAAGAAAACAGGUUUUCCUAUUUAGGUCUUUUUACUGAACUAAUCACAUUUCAGGAGUGUAAGCUAGUUAUAUUGCAUUCAACAAUGUAUUAUAAACAUUAAAACUAUUUUGAAAGGGAAAGUCAUCGUAAUAUGACACAAAGUGUCAAUUCUCCAAGAAUUGAAAAGUACCAAUUUUACAAAAAUAAGCUUGUCAAAGCCAAAAAAUUACAAAUUAUAAAUAAAUAAAAUUGCAGUGAAAACUCUGAUUGUUAAGAUGAUGAAGUGAACACAUAUAAAAAAAUGAAUUUAUCGUAAAAUUAAAAUAAACAUUACAAAAAAGUUGUAAUUAGAAACUUGUGAAAAAAUAACAGACUUUUAUUUUUUACAUUUGAAAACAAAUUUGUACUUUUAAAUUCUAAAUAUUUUUUCCAGUGUGCCCCUAAUGCUCCUCCAUUCUGACCCUGUUGCUCGGCUGUUUUUGUUCCGUGUCAGUGCAAAAAAAAAAAAAUGUUUGUUAAAUUUUAAAUACAGUAGAUAUGUGUGGCGUUUGCCACCAGGGGGCGUGUUUGUUUUUAAAACGCUGUUUGAAAAAAAGAAGUUGGCUAGCAAGUGAGUUGCAAAGCCCUUUUUUGAAUAUUAGCAAUGACAUUGUUAGUCUUUUUGCUUCUAUUUCUUGUAGAAAAUAAAAGAAAACCUCCUAGGCAAUAAUCAUAAUCAUAUUAAUUUUGUGUGUGUGAGCGCGUUGGAUUCAUUUGCCUUGUUUAGAAUCUCAAAUCCACAUUGAUUACAUUCUGUAAUAAGUAAGAAUCAGUUAGUCAACAAAUAUGCAACUUUAAUUUGCUAAAAGUGGCUCGUGUGUGUGUGUUGAGAAUAUUAAAAAGGAAGAUUAGUUGAAAGAGAAGUGAAUUAUUUGUUGGAUUGAAUUAAAAGAUGAUGCCUUGAACCCAUCACACACACUUUUCUCUCUUUCUUUCUGCCACUGUUGAAGAUUUCCAAGCUGCUUCGUUUGCUGCAAUAGCUGACUCCUCGUUGUAGUUCACAUGUCCGCCGCUAGAUAGCACCAUUGUCACCUUUCCUUUCAACUCUGCACUCUUGAUGGUUUCCUGUCCACCCUCCACAUUAUCUCAUGCUUCACUUCAGAUAUAUUAAACGUACAUAAUCACCAUGUUCCUCCAUUGUCAUCUAUUCUAAUAUGUCAACUGAUGCAUUAAAAUGUAUUUUCUAAAAGGUGAAA